AUGGGGCCCCCGGGCAAUAGGGGAUCAUGGGGCCCCUGUGUCCUUGCCCAAACUCAAAAAAGCCUAUAAAAAAGGUACCAGGGGCAUCUCAUGGGGCCCCCCCCUGCUGACCCCGCACCCUCGGGCAGUGCCCGAGUUUCCAAAUGGUCAGUCCACUCCAGGGGUGGACUGACAACUCAUGGGGCCCCCGGGCAAUAGGGGAUCAUGGGGCCCCUGUGUCCUUGCCCAAACUCAAAAAAGCCUAUAAAAAAAGGUACCAGGGGCAUCUCAUGGGGCCCCCUGCUGACCCUGCACCCUCGGGCAGUGCCCGAGUUUCCAAAUGGUCAGUCCACCCCUGC